CAGUCUUGACCUUAUGACCAGCCAAGGAAGUGAUACUCGGUAGCUCUGAUUGGUCUGAUCGACGGGCAUUGUCAUAGUGACGUAAUUCUACAGCAUGGCGGUUACUAUUCAGCGAUCAAACAGAGUAACUUGUGCAGCUCGUAUCUGUUUAGAAGGUAUUAGUCUAAGGACUCUGGCCACCAUCAUUCCUGGGAUAGCUCCGGUCGAUAACUUAUCAGAAUUUCUGGAAACUGUGCCACACCGUGAACACCCUGGAAUUACUAGCUUGAAAACUGUCCAUCUCCCAUCUCAACUUGCUGAUGCAGCCCAGGCUGUUCUAGAAAAGCACCCUGUUAGUCAGCUUGCAGAGCGAACCCUACAAAUCUCAACUUACCUGUGGAGCAGGAAACGACCUGUAGAAGAUGAAACACUUCGCACAAAGGCAGCUGAACUGGAACAGAAGUUUCUGGAGAAGAUGGCACCACUGAGUGCAGUCCAUGAGUCUCUGGAUCCAUUACAAGUUGAGGAGCAGAAAGAAAAUUUACGCAGGCAGGUUCUGGCAAAGCUACGCAAAACCACUUACCACUGGCAACCACUCAACUACGAUAAGGAGCUAAGUCUGGUAUAUAUGGCAGCAAGAAUGAAUGGAGUUUAUGCAGCAGUGUCUCGAGCAUUUCACGAGAUUAAGAAGCGGGUCCCAGAAUUUCAACCAUACUCCCUGCUGGAUUUUGGAUCAGGCACAGGUUCUGUGACUUGGGCUGCUCAUCAGGCCUGGGGAGAGUCUUUGAAAGAGUAUAUGUGUAUUGACAGUUCCAGUGUUAUGAACAAGCUUGCAGAUCUACUGCUUCGAGGAGGUUCUGAAUCUUCACCAUCUCACAUCAAUGCUGUAUAUUUCAGACAGUUCCUUCCUGUGUCUCCAAAGGUGAAGUUCGAUGUUGUAAGUUCAGCCUUCUCUCUCAAUGACCUCCCAAGUCAAGCUGAAAGAAUUAGCACUGUGCAGACAUUGUGGAGAAAAACAGGCAGUUACCUGGUCCUCAUUGAAAGUGGUACAAGGGAAGGCCAUCAGAUUCUCAUGGAGGCUCGUGACGUCUUAAUGGGAGCAAAGGUAUCCAGAGAAUCCAGAAGUGGAAUUGUGUUUGCUCCAUGUCCACAUGACCUACCCUGUCCAAAAUUUGCUCAGAAGACCAUACUUCCUUGUAACUUCACACAAGCCUACCAUCCUCUGCCAUAUACCUCUAAACAAGAUCUAAAACUAGAGAAGUUCUCUUAUGUGAUCCUUCAAAAGGGUGAAUACAAAGGUAUUGAACGGAGCUGGCCUCGUAUCAUAGAGCCUGUCUUACGGAGACCUCGUCAUGUUCACUGUCAUCUCUGCUGUUCAGAUGGUACAUUACAACAUGCAGUAAUAACAGCCAAGAAGCACACCAAAGACCUGUACCGAUGUGCCAGAUCCAGUAACUGGGGUGAUAGGCUGCCAGUCAGCAACUUGGAGACCGAGAAAGAGUCUGAAAAUGUGUCAGAGUCAGACAAUCUACCUUCUACAUAACAGAAUCUGAGAGACAGAACAGUGGUGUUAAAAAUAACCCAAAACCAUUAAAAUGGGGUUUCUUUUGAUGAAUUCAGGUGGAUCACAUUUAAUGGUAUUGUAGAGUAGAGAGUUUACAAGAGAUAAGGAAUGAAAGAAGAGAGAAUAUAAUUGAUAUUGCCAAGUUCCUGUUUCUUGAAAAUAAAUCCUUUGUUCAGAACUUAUUUAAUAUGGCAUGCUGCAGUGUUGCUGGAAGAAAGCCUUGUAAACUAGACUCCAUACUCUCUGUAAUCUGGUUGCAUCAGUGUUAUGCACCAGAUCCACGUUUAAAAUUAGACCAAGUUCUUUGUAAUAUUUUUACUUUUCCACAUAUUAAAUAAAGCUCAGGACUGAGUUCUGAAUGCACUAAAAUGCACUCAGUAUGUAAAGAGUGUAGAAGAGUAUUAAUAUGAAGUGGUUGCUAAAUUAAAAACAUCAAAACGUU